AUGGAGGUCAACCAAGAGUCUAUACGGCAGCUCGAGCCCUACUGUUCCGAGUUUCUCAUCCACGCCGCCGACAACGAAGGAUUGCAAAAGGGCGUCGAUGAGGAACUCGUUAAGAAACUAGCAGAAUGGUGCACGAUUCCCGUCACGUACGCCGGCGGCGCGCGGCACCUUGAGGACUUGAGCCACGUGAGGACGAUUAGCGGCGGAAAGGUGGACUUGACCAUUGGCAGUGCCCUGGAUUGCUUCGGCGGCGAGGGUGUCAAGCUUGACGAUUGCGUGGCCUGGAAUAAGCGCCAGUAG